CGAUCUUUCCCGGACUCGCGCAAAAAUCCUCGACCCCGUCGUGAUACAUGCUCGCCCCUCUCGUUGAGAGACGCGUCGGUCGGUCGACAUCGCGAACGGCAAGCUUGACGGUCGUUUGCCGCGGAGAUCCCCAUCGAGAAGCCUAGAGUCGUGCAGCGAGAAGCUUAUUAUCAUCGCGAGAGACGACGUUUUAUCGAGAAAGUGAGAGAGAGAAGUGGGUCGCCCGAUCUCGCCCACGCGAGAGCCCCACCUUCGUGUAUCGCGGUCGGUCCAGGAGUUCGUCAGUAGCGCAUCGCGCACGUCCUCGGGAGGAUCGUCGCCAUCGCCGCUUGUUUCGGGCGGGGGCGCGAGCAGGCGAUUUUAAAAGAGCCGGAGACACCCAACGUCGCCUUUGUCGACACGUCGGCGAAUGAUAUAAGGGGAAAAAGCGCAGGUGCCGAACACCGAAGGAUCGUUCGUCCUCCAUAGCGAAAGAGAAGAGGACAAAGGAAGGCGCUGAGCAAAGAAAAUGCCCGGCGCCGGUGGUCAGCCGCCGCAAAGGACCACCUUCCGACCGCCAUGGGUCAAAGAUGGUCCAAACCCGCUGCCGAUGCCCACAGCGCCGUGGACCCUCAACUCCCGUAGAGACUCAAAGCCGAAGACCGAGGAAGUUCCCGCCUUCACUCAAGUCACCUUAAAGAGUGUGCCAAAACCCGCGGAGCCCGCGACACCUUCCUCAGAUGGCCAGCCGCGCAAAGCUUCCGCUGACGGACAACAGCCGCGGAAACAGAGCAAAAUCACGAUAAUACCGUCGCAACCGAAGAAUGAGAAGAUACCGAGCGGCCGGCCGGUACCGCGCGAGAAUGGGCGACAGGAGCCAAAUUCGAGGCCGCAGCUCGAGCGGCAAGUUCGCAUCGAGAGAUCUCGAUCGCGGGGUGACAGUAUACCACUCUCCAAGAGCGAGAGCACUACAGGUGCCCCUACAUUGUCGAAAAGUUCCUCGAGGGCGAAUAUACCCCCGCCUCCUCCGCCCCGGCCACCACCACCACCGCCGAGUCGGAACAUCCUGAAAGACCUCCCUGCGCUCAACAACAAACAAAUGCAGAAGUUGGAAGUCCUGAAGUCCAGGCCCAGGAAGCGGCCUGAUUGGGCCAGUAUGAUGAAAGAGGUCGAAAGUGGGAAAACUCUGAGGCACGUAAAAUGCAAUGACCGGAGCGCUCCACUCAUCGAAAGAGUCAACAAGGUUACAGCUGACCCCGCAGGUAAGGCCCACUUCGUGUUCGAGUCUGAAAAGUCGAAUAUGCACAAUCAACUGCUGAAGCAGAUUCAGCAAGGGGUGAAACUUAAAAGUGUCAGGACAAAUGAUCGCUCGAAGCCGGUGCUGGAAGGUCUCCGGAAAUUUCGACGGCAAUUAACUAUAGAGGAACAAAUUCAAAAGGCGGAAGAACCAGUGGCAGAUGAAAUGCAGGACGAGAUGGACGAUAUAGACGCUGUAAGGGACGAUUUGCAGAGCACGAAGCAAAUGCUGGCGUUAGAAUUGAGAAACAAGGAGGCUUUGGAGCGGGACAAUAAACGCCUGCAGGCUAGAAUUUUAAAUCUCGAGUCAGAAGUGGAAUGUAUGAAGUCCCAAAAGAACGUUCAGGAGAACAAGAUGCAAGACGAGAAACUUUCGGAAUCUUUGCGACAAGAGGCACAACAAGCGAAGAAAGACGCGGAGAAAGCUGAAAAGGAAUACGCUACCGCUGCCGAGGAAAGAGACAAGACCAAAAACGAGUUGGAAGAGAUGAAACGAAUGUAUGCGACAUUGGAGAAACGCAUGAAAGCUGAAGAAGAGCUUGCACCUACCGAGACUGAACCGAUUGUUGAGCUAACGGAAGAUUGGGAAAAUGUGGGGUACGCGAUGUACGAUGUUACAGGAAUGGCACUAGCCGGUUGUCCUAGCGCGAAAGACGUGGCUAAAAUCGCGACGCAGAAAAGUAUAGAUAAGCAAGAUGUCAACGAGAGUGAGGAGGAAGAGGAAAGUACAGAGGAAGAGGAGGAGGAGGAGGAGGAAGACCCUAAAGUCGCCGCGGAAAAACGCGCGCAGAGGGAAAUCAAACUCUUCAUUUCGAAGAUUAAGGGCUUCAAAGACAAGGCGGUGAACGCUCGCAAAGAGAGACACGCGCUGAAGGAACAGAUCAAGCAGCAGCAGAAAAUGCUGAGGGAGGAAAAGAAGAAGUUCAAGCAGCUGCAGAAGGAAGUGGACAAGAUGGCAAAAUUAGUGUCGGAGACCGACGAGGAGGAAGAGGAGGAGGAGGAAGAGGAGGAGGAGGAAGAAGAGGAGGAGGAAGAGACGGAAUCCGAGGAAGAGUCGGAGUCUGAGGAAUCGGAAGAAGAAGAAUCCGAGUCGGACGAUGAGAAGGCACCCUUCGAGCAUCGUAAAAAUGUAUUUCAAAAGCGCAUUAAGAAGCACGAAGGACGGCUCGCGGCCUUGAAGAAGGGCAAUUAUUUACUCAAGGCCCAAGUAGAUAGGAUUAAGGACGACUUGGCGAAACAGCGUGAGCAGAGUAUCACCCUGCAGGAGGACCUUGAUUCUGUCUUAGCGGAGCUAGGUUAGAUUAAUGUAGGGGGGAAGGGAUAUUUCUCCGGAGUACAGAAAAAUUGUAUACAUACACGUAUAAAUAUUGCAUAAUGAAAUGUAGAGAAUGUUAUAUGUAAUGAAAAGAAAUGAUUACACACACACACAUACACUUUACUCGAGCAAUUUUUACACGAGGAGCGGCGGCGUUGACGCGUCACAAGGAGGUGCCUCUGUCACAAAGAAUAUCAUACAGUCACACAAUACGUCCUACCGCACGAAGCAUUUCCGCGCAAAGGCAUUCUUUCUAUAACUGCCAAAAUAUUAUCUCGACAUCGCGCGAUUGCAAAAAUAUGGUAUGGUUUGGCGCUAAAUAUGAUCACCUAUGAGGGGACGAGGAUAAAAAGGAUUCUUCUCUUUUAAAUUGCGAUUAUCUUCUUUAUAUUUCUUUUUUCAUUUCGUGAUGUUCUUGAUAUUAUUCUCAUGCAACAUUUCAUACGCAAUCGUUUUACAUCUUUUUAUUGCGCGUCACAUAAUUAGGAGAAAUAUCGCGUUUAGCGUCAAAUAUAAAAACACGGGUCGAAAGCUUUUUGCCCGCGGAAGACUGACAACCUGGAAAGCCGAGCCCAGUUUCGUGAAAUAUGACUAUUAUACUUUGCAACACGACGAUACUAAUUGA